AUGUCCGCGGUCAAAAAGUUGGCGGCGGCAGACGGCCCGCGCCUCGAAAUCGUCUCGACGCUGGUCUACUCUCAUGGACUGGCGCCUAACCCGGCCCUGCCCAACGAGCCGCGCCAGUGCCUCCUGCUCCGGUACGCCGUCGACCGGCUACUGCUCGCGGCGAGCGAAUUCAAGUGGCCGCGCGUGCUGGCGCUUCUCGGCCACGCCCGCGCCCCCCAGGCGUUGCUGCGCGAGAUCGAGGCCCACCUAUGCUAG